AUGUCCUCCACCCCAUUAUCAACGCACUACGAUAGAGAAGACAAGACCCCCGCAUCAACCUUGCAGGUGAAUCGCGACGCUGAGGGCUUGCAAGUCGAUUACGAUGGCUUGUAUCCAGACCCCAUGAAGAAACAUCACCCCGACGAUAAAUAUGUCUCGCAACACAACGAUGCAGGCUUGAUGCCCAUGGAGCGGGCUGAUCCGGAGCCACUGCCUACAAAAAACAAACGAGAGAGGAUAUGUGGGCUCAAAAGGCGCACUUUCUUCAUUGUGAUGAUUGUGGCUAUGCUGGUGUACAACUACAACUACAACUCCAACUCCAACUCCAACUUCAAGUUCAACUCCAACUCCGACCAGGACCAAGGAGAAAGCGCCGAAGAUCCGGCAGCCACAACAACAGCCGUCACAUCUGGCACAACAGGUAUCGCCGAGCGUCCAUGCAUCCCUGCAUACGUCCAACCUCAAUCAAGGCCCCAAGCCACCCCACGCAACGUCGCGGACCCCUACGUUGCCACAGGUGCUACCUUCAACAUAACAUGUCGACGAGUCCCUCCGGUAGAUGCGCCAUUAGAAAAUUUCAAGGUCUUCACAAUAUACACCUUCAAAGAGUGUAUGGAUAAGUGUGCGGGAUAUAUACACUGUAAAGGGGUGGUGUACGGCGCCAAUUUGACGGACAUGGUACUUGAUGGCAAGCCAGGGGGAAACUGCUUGCUCAAGAAUGCGACUUGGGAUGCCAGUAGGCCUCCAGGCAAAUUCUGGAUGGCUAGCGCCGUUAAAGUAUGA